AAAAAAUUUGAAUGGAAUGAAUGGGUUUCUGAGAUGGCCAAAAAUAAGUCUAUGUAGUUUAUGGAUAGCGCCUGGGAACUGAGCAAGGUAGAUUUCGCGCAUUCUGACGAUGCGUUCAAGUUUAAGGUUAUCAAUUGAUUGUAGCUCAGUGCUCUCGCGGGCACACCAUAUUCUUGGCUGAGACAGUCGGUUGUGGAAUCUCACGGCGGAAUAAUGCUAACAUCGAGAACAGUUCCUUCGGUAGUGAGUCAAGUUUCCGGGUUUCCUUCUAGAGUUGGAGCAUUCCUUUUGCUUUUAGUUAUAGCGGCGCAGUUAGCAUCAUCACUUGAUGAAACGAAAAUAUACCGAGAUGGCGUCUGCGGUGCAGUACAGUUGACAUUGGAUACUAGAAUAGCAGGUGGAAAUGCAGCUGAGGAGGGUGAUUGGCCCUGGCAUGGGGCCUUGUUCUUCGGAAAGGAUUACAAGUGUGGCUGUUCAUUGAUAAGCGAAUGGUUUGUUCUUACGGCUGGCCAUUGCCUCUUUAAUCCAGACACGGGCUACAGGUUUGACAUUAAGAGGUUAAGAGUAGUGCUGGGCUUACUGGACCUGAAUCAACACCAGUCUCAUACUCGAGAAUUUCAGGUGAAAGAGAUAAAUGUUUAUCCUAAGUUCACCACCGAAAGCCACAAGCACGAUUUGGCUCUAUUGCUGUUGAAUGAAGCGGUAGAAUUCAGUGAGAAGAUUCGCCCAAUUAAAAUAAUUGAUAGUAAGUCAACGUUCAUCGAGAAAGUGGCUGGCAAUUACGGCACGGUGGUUGGAUGGGGUUUCACUGAGGAAGCCAAAGUUUCCAAUCAGCUUCGGACGGCACAGAUGCUCAUCGCUCGCUAUGCUGAUUGCGUCGAGUCCAAUCCAGACCUUUUCGGGCAGCUGAUACACAAUGGGAUGUACUGCGCGGGGGCUGAAAAUGGAACGAAUGUCUGCAACGGGGACAGUGGUGGUGGCAUGUAUAUUUUCCAGCACAACAGCUGGCACCUACAAGGUCUGGUUUCUUUUGCGGCUCUGCGAGAUGGAACAAAUCUGUGCGAUCUGUACAGUUAUGCGGCAUUCACUAACGUGCCGCAUUACCUGGAUUGGAUUGAAUCGCAACUUCAAGAUCAUCAGCGGAAAAUGCAGGAACAAUUAAAUCGCGAAUUAAAAGAAGUGCCUGAUGAAGGCACAACUACAACCACCACCACCACCACCACCACGCCAACCAGUACCGCAGCUGUUGAACUUCAUCCCCUAGUCGAUGCACAAUCAGUCCGGUUUGCACCUUCCGAGUGUCUCCAACAGAACGACGAAAUUAUCGUCGUUGGUUUCAAUUCCAGUAUUUCACUAGCUUGCAAGCCUGGCUCCGAUGGUGAGACUACCGAAAAACAGGAAUCCAUCCGUUGGUUUCGUGAGAACAAGUAUUUCUACGAGAUCGAUCUGUCCAGCGAGGUUGGCUUAAGCAAAUCGGGCGUUCACGAUAUCCUAACCCUCCGGCAUGUGGAUGCCAGUCAUUCUGGUAGAUAUUUCUGCCGUGCGAAGCUCCCUUCGGCCAACGUGACCGACAGAAGGAUUGUUUCCGUUGUGGGAGUGGUGCCACGGUUUGAACCGGUUGAUGGUAGUCCCGCCUACAUGAAGUACGAGCUUUUGCUCAAUCAGCAAUAUUUUAGCUUGCAGAUGACGUUUAGGUCGGAUCGCGAGGACGGAGUACUGUUCUACCGAACUGAUGAAUGGGAUCAUCAGAUAAUGAAGGUGGUUUUGGUAAACGGAAUGAUGGAAUUGGACUUGUUGACAGAGAGGAAAACCGUCCGAAAAAUUGGGUGUAAAAAACACAGGAUAAGCAUGGGUGAAUGGCACACCGUUAAGCUCAACUGUCAUUUGGGACGGUGCUAUGCCACUUUGGACGGUGAAAUGAUGGCGCAGUUCUCUGAGAAUGUGUUUCUAACGAGUGGCGGAAAGGAUUUCUUCUAUCUCGGAGGCAUACCGAAUCGAAACGAGAGCGGAUUCACUGGAUGCAUAAGCCAAAUGUUUUUGAACGAUUAUCAGAUACAUCUGCGACAGGAAGUUAUCAAGUCGGAACGAAUAUCGGAGUGUAAUCAUUGUACGGCGAACACUUGCCAAAACGGAGGCGUCUGUGUGGAAACUUCGGACAGAAAUGCCUUUCGUUGUUUGUGCCCGGAUGGUUUUACGGGUCGACACUGUUCGAAUGUGGGUGAACGCUGUCGUGCAACGUCCUGCGUAGAAGCUUUAUGUCACAAUUUCGAAAAUGGUUUCCGAUGUGCUUGUUCGUCGACCAGAACUGGAAAGCGAUGCGAGGCGAUAAAUGAUCUUAAUGGGAAAGCGAUAUCUUUUCGGUCCUUUGGAUUCGCAAAAUUUAAAAUCAACCUGACGAAAAAUUUUCAAAUUCAGUUCCAAUUUUUACCGAGAAACACAACAGCGGGAACCCUUAUUGAGCUUCAGAAUGAUAUUCGUGGGACUGGAAAUUUCAUGACACUAACCCUUAACAAUGGUGUAUUGGAGCUGCGAUAUACCAUUGAUCUCGAUGUCACAGUGUUCACAAUAAGGUCGUCCGUUUCAGUGAACCUCAACUCAUGGCACAGCGUAAAGACAGGUUAUCAAAGUAGUUCUAUAUAUUUACAAGUCGACGACGAACCGAGCCAGUCAAAUAGCCUCUUCAGUGGCUUUUUCAACUUGAUGUACGAUCACUAUGUAAACCUCGGAGGAGUUGAUGACUGCGUCGCUUGGGGCCAAUGCCCGGAGAGGACUUCUGAUUAUGAUGGCUGCAUAAAAGAGCUCUUCGUGUCGGGCCAUGCGGUUGACCUAACGAGAAGUUUCAUCGAUGCUAGGAAUGUAGAAAUCUGUCGAAUAAAUGAAUCAUAAGUCAAUUUAUA